AAUGUACAACUGUUGGUUGAGGCUUUUCUUUGUUUGUUUACAGAAUUAGGACUUGUACGUUGUCGUAUUCUGGAGAAAACUUUUUCUUUCUGAGUCACAUUUUUAUCUUUUGUCAUGGAAAAUAACAGGCUUAAAAGUCUUAUUUUAAAAGCACACAUUUCUGAAAGAUAACAUGCCAUAGUUGUUUUAACACCUGAUAGAUUUAUUUCACAUAGCACCUGGUGCAUUUCAGCAGUUAACAGGAGUCAUUCUCUGAAUCUGCUGCUGUGCUACUGUCCAGCACAUCCAUCAGUUGUGACAUUGUUUUUAUAUCAUUAUGUGCUUCAGGAGCUGACAGUGCUGACAUUACUCAACUGUUUCAAAUUUGCACUUCCAACAUAUCUGACUGGUGUUUGAUUUCCCCCCUUGUGGAUCGUGUUCUCGCGACCCCGGGGCCAUGAAGGCCAGGAACCACAGAAUCAUGACUGGAACCUUCCCCCCCCCCCCCCCCCCUGUCUGCACUUGCCAAAUAUAUACCCUCCUAAAGUAAAUAUAAUCCUGUCUGCGUCCACGUGGAAAAAGGCCAAUAGCCUACCUGCUCAGCAGCAGAUUCCCCCACUUGUACAGUUGGUUAGCAGCUUGGCUCACUUGAGACUUUUCUGAGCUUGUUCAAGGUCUGAGCUCACACUGCCAUGGGGGACUGGAACCUGCUGGGAAAGCUUCUGGAGAAAGCCCAGGAGCACUCCACUGUGGUGGGCAAGGUGUGGCUCACCGUCCUCUUCAUCUUCCGCAUCCUGAUCCUGAGCGCAGCCACAGAGAAGGUGUGGGGUGACGAGCUGUCCGGCUUCACCUGCGACACAAAACAGCCCGGUUGUGAGAACGUGUGCUACGACAUCACGUUCCCCAUCUCUCACGUCCGCUUUUGGGUGCUGCAGAUCAUCUUCGUGUCCACGCCGACGCUGAUCUACCUGGGACACAUUCUCCACCUGGUGCGGAUGGAGGAGAAGCAUGAAGGCAAACAGAAGGAGAAGGAACAUGCACAUAAUUCAGACAAGCAGGCCCUCAUUGUGGAUGCCAAGCACAAAAAGGCUCUGGUAAGGGAUGACAGAGGCCGAGUACGCCUGCAGGGGGAGCUCUUGCGCACAUAUGUCUUUAAUGUGAUCUUUAAAACCCUGUUUGAAGUGGGAUUCAUUGUGGCUCAGUACCUCUUGUACGGCUUUGAGCUUAAGCCCAUGUACACAUGCGACAGACCGCCCUGCCCAAAUGUGGUAAACUGCUACAUAUCCCGACCCACAGAGAAAACCAUCUUCAUCAUCUUCAUGCUGGGAGUGGCUAGUGUUUCUCUUUUAUUAAACCUCAUAGAGAUCUACCACCUGGGCUUUACAAAGUGCCGCCAGGGCUUCACCUUCAGCAGACGUCGCCAGGCUGCUAAAAGUCUCCGGAAGGAGCCCAGUGAGACCUCUGUGCCCUUUGCGCCCAGUUAUGACGAAUACAUCCACCACCAAGUCCAGCCGGCCUAUCCACCUGUCCCCAGCUACGACCUCUCCCCUCUGCAUGAUGGCACAGACUCGUCCUUCCACCCCUACCACAGCAAGGCGGCCUACAAGCAGAAUAAAGACAACUUGGCAGUGGAGAGGAGCAGCAGCAAGCCAGAGGAAUGCGACCUGAAAGGAAAGAAGGGAGCAGGAUCGGCCCCUGGGUCACCUACGCAGGCCAGGCCGGGUCGCAGCGCCAAGCACAGCAACAACAAGACUAGAAUAGACGAUCUGAAGAUAUGAGGAGGUUUAUGUUUCUCUGAGGGGUCUUAAAUCACUGCGAGGGGAUCGGAUGUUUAGAUGUUUCUGAUCACAUGCUGAACUGAGUCCCCUCUUUAAGACUGAUUUGACUCAUUCCACUUCUGAAGGGAGAGGCAUUUUGUGGGUGCACGGAGAAGCUGCAGAGAUGAGAACAGACUGAGCACGUUCAGUAACCACAUUUCUAAUGAAACCGAGAAGUGUCCCAUGACGGGCUAUUCUUUAGAAAAACAAAUAUGAUUUCACAUUAGACUGUAGCAUUGAUGGUGAAUUGUGCACCAUUUUUGGCAACACCAUAAUUUCAAUCAAAGCCGAUAAGUAUUUUUUUUCUUUAAAUGAUUUUGUGUAUGGUAUGGGUCUUUUCACUUGUCACUUUCAAUAAUAAUACAAACUUUUUAUAGCACUUUUUAAAAAUGAAAUUAAGUUUUACAAAGUGCUUUCCAUAAUACAAAAAUAAAAAAAGAAAUGAUGGGCAAGAUGUAAGGAGGUGAAGAACAACAUAAACCACAGAGUAAAAAAAAAAAUUGGCCAAAAUAUCAUAAAAAUUCAGGCAACAGUUCACUAAAGUUGAUUUGCAUAAAAGCCUGUUUCAUUAAAGUGUUUUCAGAAGUGAUUUUUAAAAAA